AUGCUAUCAUCACAUAUAGACGCGGACAUUCAUCACAAUAGCAACGAUAACACGAGAGCGACGUUAAAAUGUCGAUAUCAACAAUAUGAUGCAGCCAUUAUGGAUCAACGUAAGAAUAGACCCAAGUUGAAAUUGGAUGACUUUCAUUUACUAAGAACCCUCGGCACGGGUUCAUUCGGAAGAGUUCAUCUGGCUCAAUCAAGGCAUAAUGGUAGAUACUAUGCAAUCAAAGUAUUGAAGAAGACAGAAGUUGUCAGAUUAAAGCAAGUGGAACACACAAACAAUGAAAAACAUAUCCUCGAGUCUGUAGCAAACCCCUUCUUGGUUAACCUAUGGGGCACUUUCCAAGAUGAUGCUAAUCUCUAUAUGGUAAUGGAUUAUGUUCCCGGUGGUGAGUUGUUUAGUGUCUUGAGGAAAAGCAAACGAUUUCCAGACCAUGUUGCAAAAUUUUAUGCAGCAGAAGUUACCUUGGCAAUUGAAUAUCUUCACAAUAAGAACGUCAUUUACAGGGAUUUGAAGCCAGAAAAUUUAUUAUUGGACGCUAAUGGACAUAUUAAAAUUACAGACUUUGGAUUUGCAAAAUACGUACCAGACAUCACAUGGACCUUGUGUGGUACGCCUGACUACUUGGCUCCCGAGGUCAUUCAGUCAAAAGGAUAUGGCAAAGCAGUUGAUUGGUGGAGUUUGGGUAUUUUGAUAUUUGAAAUGUUGGCAGGCUAUCCACCAUUUUAUGAUGACGAUCAUCUCAAGCUGUAUGAAAAAAUCUUACAAGGCAAAAUUCGUUGGCCAUCUUACUUUGACCCAAAUGCUAAAGAUUUACUCAAGCAUCUCUUAACCUCUGAUCUAUCUCGUCGUUAUGGUAACCUCAAAAAUGGUGCCGAUGAUAUCAAAAACCAUCCUUGGUUCCAAGGUGUUGAUUUUGACAGAGUAGCUAAUCGACAAAUCAGAGCUCCUUAUAUUCCUCAAAUACGUGGAGAUGGUGAUGCAAGUCACUUUGACAGGUAUCCAGAGACAAACGAACAGUAUGGCGCACCAUGUCAAGAUAUUUACAGAGACAAGUUCCCUGACUUUUAA